AUGCUUGGACCUGAGAUUGUCCAACAGAAUACUGAGAAGGUGAAGCUAAUUCGGGAGAAGAUGAAAGCUUCACAGAGUAAGCAGAAAAUCUACCAUGAUAAAAGGAGAAAGGGUCUUGAGUUUCAAGAGGGAGACCGUGUAUUCUUAAGAGUCACUCCGGUGACUGGUGUAGGACGUGCUUUGAAGUCGAGGAAGCUUACUCAGUUUAUUGGUCUGUAUCAAAUAUCCAGGCAAGUUGGACAUGUUGCUUAUAGAGUGGUGUUGCCACCAAAUUUGUCAAAUCUACAGGAUAUGUUCCAUGUUUCACAACUUCUGAAGCAUGUUUUGGAUCCGUCACAUGCGAUUCUGAUGGAUGAUGUUCAGGUGAGGGAUAACCUUACAGUUGAGGCUCUACUUAUAAGGAUUAAUGAUCGAGAACUGAAAUAG